UUGCAUCACAGGAUGAUUUUACAAUAACUAGUGCGGGAUUGCUUUCAAUGGAGACAACAAUAAUUCUCGGAAAUGAAUCUAUUUAUUCUAAUGUAAAACCAGAAGGUCAACUUCAUUGUUGGGUUAGGUCAUUUAUUGCUAAUUUAUUGGCAAAUACAUCAAAGGAUUGGAUGACUAUUUUUGGAUUUCACAAUUCUGGGACAUACAACAAUCAAUGGAUGGCAAGUCCUCGACUAUAAAUUAUUUAAACCUGGAGAGGAAUUGCCUAAAA